AUCGUUCGUUCUGCUUCAGCACCACGGAGAGCUCCCGGCUCCAUCAAUCAGUCAAUUAACACACCGUUAGUUCAGGGUCGUACAUUGUGGCUAAUAAACCCAGAGACGCGUUUCUGGGUUUUUUUUUUUUUAGUUUUUUUGACAUUGUGGCCUGUGGUCGGUGCAUCAUUUAGACGUAACGUAGCAACCGGAUCACUCGCGUUCUCUUCCGGGUGACGCGGCCGUCCUUCGUCCGAACAGCUGUUCCUCGUGCUCUGCGUCGCGCAGGGAGGACUGCUGUCAUCCUCUGCGACGAGUCGGACGGGAUGCAACCAUAGAUUUACUGAUAGGGAUGCAGAGCUAGAUGGCGCGAUGGUGUGCGGAGUGUUCCGGUCCACCCUCCUCCUGAUGCGAUGAACGCAGGUAUUGGUAAUCGAUGAACAGAUUAGAGGCCAACAUGCUCCAAGGCUCGAGUGUAUUGGGGCACGAGAGGCCCCUGGUCAUCAGGGUAUCAUUUGCAACCUGUGUCCGGACCACCGUGUGCCUACCGCUGCUUGGAUUAAUAACGUGUGUCCUCAUAUCCUCUGUCUUUCAUUUUGAGGACUCUACUGGUACACAUUGCCAGGUUCCUAACUACCUGCCAUCUAUCAGUGCCUCGAUAAGCCUGAGUCCCGAGUGCCACAUAUGGCGGUUCUGCAUUGGACUGCACUCGGCACCGAGGUUGCUGGUCGCGUUCACCUACUUCAAAUUUUACAAGACACGCUUCGCCUCUAAAUUCGCGGAGGGUUCACUCAGCUGCUUGAGCCUGGCCUUUUCUCUGUCUGAAAACCUCGGCCUCUUGCUCCUCACAUAUGUAUCAUCCAGUGAGACGUACUUUGUACAUAAGGAAGGCUUUGUCCUGUUCCUCGUCAGCUCCCUUAUCUACAUGCUGAUAACCUUCCGUUUGUGGAAGGCCAUUAAGAAGUAUUCACUGAGUCCUGAGGACGCCAAGUCUCACCGCUGGAAAGUGCGUUGUUUACUUCUCAACAUGUCCUCCUGUGCUUUUGCAGGAUUCUUUUUUUGGAAACACAACAUGUACUGUGAAUCAGGGAGUUAUACAUUUUUUGCGCUGUUUGAAUAUCUUGUCGUCUUCUCCAACAUGGCCUUCCAUCUCACGGCUGUGUGGGACUUUAAGAGUCGGGAGGUUAUGGUCAUUUCAUCCUCUGAAGAUAAAACCUUCUGACUAGAAACACAAGGACUAAGUGCUAAACACACCAACACUCAACCCCUGAUGACAGCAGCCUUGAUCCUGCUCGAGAGGACGAGAGGGAUGAAGGCCCUUCCCAUAUAUCUCCAUGAUGACUGCUCUUGAGUCCUUAAUGGAAUGCAGAUGUCAGACAAGUACAAACAAGAGAUUUGCAGGAGUGCUACUGUUAAUUUAGCCCAAAGUGCUAUUUUUGGCCUCAGUGUCUCAUUCAUGGAUGCCUUCACCCUACAUACAGCAUGUUAUGUAAUGUGCAGUUUUCAAUUUUUGUAUAAAGCACAACUUAUAUGUGAUCAUCUGUGCCAAAGUAAAGUGACUGUUCUUUAAAGGACACUUGGCUUUCAUUUUGACUUAUAAAAGGAAGGAAUUGGGAGAGAAAUAGUGGAAAGCUGGCUGUUCCCAAUUUUGGGCCUCAGAUAUUGUCAGUAACAAUGGCUGACGACACUAUAUUUGACACCACUAAAGUAACCAAAUAAGAGUAGGUAUGGCCUUUUCUUUUCAGUUUGGUGGAAAAUGUAUUAAAGUCCAACUAUAUUCAACUGGGCUUUAAGUAAAAAUAAAAAAACUAUAUUAAGAAUA